AGCAUGAUCUACAGCUCUGUCAACUCUAAGCGCACUCGUACCAAGAACCUGCUUUAUUAUUCAAAUUUCAUGGAAAUUAUACAGAGCUGAGAACUCCAGCCCCUUGGCUAUUAUAUCGUGGGUGAUUUAUGCAACGAGGAGAACUGCUCUUUUGGUCUCCCAAGCCCACUCUGGUCUUCUUGUUCCGGUCUGCCGCCCGAAUCUCAGCAACCUUCCCUUCUCGAGUCUACUCAUCACUCUUGGCGAGAUGCCGAGCACGGCGGGCUGACCUAUCCUAGCUGUGCAAUUUUCCUGGCAGGCGCAAGUCAAACUAUGGUAAAGCUGGCAGCGGUUGUUCGCUCGGCUAGCGGGUCCAAGCAUUGCGGGUCCUGGAGCACACACAACCAACAUUGGAACUAUCCUGUUCCUUGGCUUGCCAAGAUAUCUCCCUUAUAUGCUUGGCGCUGGCUGCCGUCGUCCUGCCUCCUCAUUUAUAGUUUCCUCACCCUCUGUGGGAGUGCAGCCACUCUUUCUGUGCCGCUUCUAUACUCGAUCUGUACCCCUAUCCGCAGUCGACAUCCAUCAUGGCGUCGACGACCUCCGUACUUAUUAUUAGCUAUGCUUUGAUUGCCAUGGGUGCGCCUCAGGGUAUCGAUUCAGAAUUUGAUGAUUUUCCUGAAGAUCAACCUGAAGAGGGCCAUUUAGACAAAACUUGGGAGAUCGUCUUAGGCGUAGUUCUGUCGCUUGUCGUUUGCGCCGUCAUCGGCACAGCGGUCUGGGUCAGGAUACGGAGAAAGAAGCAGAGAGCGCGAAGAACUACCGGGUACUUAAGAGGCAGCAAUCCAGAUCUGUCUCGUAUGUCGGAAGAAGGGAAACACACUAUCAAAGUAAAUUCCCUGUCAGAGGAGGAUGUAAUAAUAACUCCCACACCUGCUGCAAAGAACCAGUCACGACGAGGUCCCUAUAGGUGAUGAGCGUUUAUUCCAGAGUGACUGAGUGUCAACAACGCUAUGUACGGUUUUUGUGGUGGAGCUUAUGGUAUUUAUGUUUGAAGCAUUAUCGCGCCAAGGGACGGUGAAGACCAGUCAAACUUCAUGGGUUCAUAUCGGCGCGCCGAGUCGGAAGAUGCUGUACAUUCUUUCUCAAGAUAUUGUAUCGAGCAUGCAAGCUAUAAAGCGGGGACGGUCGUGAGAGUGGAGGAGGAGACGUUUAUACGGAUGAAGGCAUGCUGUCGUGCUGUUACAUUACCUGUGCAGGGAGUUAUGACGGACUUUGGGUGCUGAUUUCGAGUGCUUUGUGGAUGUUCGUUCUUGCUUUCUCGUUCGUGUAUUUUACCUAUCUCGGAGGAUGGAAUGAAAAGAGCAGCUUUGUGCUCUUUUACAAAGUCAUACU